ACAGACAUGAAAGCUAACCGAGGACUUGAGAGACUCAAACUGGUGCUUUUGUCUCUCUCUCUCUCUCUCUGUCUUUCUCUCUCUCACACACACACUCACACACACACACACACGCACACACACAUACACACACACAAAAAUGAAGCACUUACUUUAGAAAGAUUAUGGUAAGCAUGCUGGCUCAGUCUUGAACCUUUGUCACCCCUCACGUUGCACACCAAAGACAUACCCUAGUGAUUAAAUGCUGAUUUUGUGUACGAUUGUCCACGGACGCCAAAACAAUCACAGAGCUGCUUGAUUUGUUUUAAUUACCAGCACAAAAUGCCAUCAGUCUGGGACGUGAUCGGGCAGAGGUGUACUCACAGUAGUGUAAAUACUGCUGUAAAUAGUUGUCUGAUGGUGGCUUUGACAGUGAGCUAGCUUCUGAGUUUUCCCUUCUUUUUAUACUGUUUUCUGCGCUGGCAUUUUUGAAUCUUCCUAAUUUUUCAUCUCUUUAACAAACUCCUAUGAAGUUGAAACCGGGAAGUUUGGUCUAACAUUUCCAGAGAAGGUAUUAAGUCAUGAUGCAGGAAUCUGCGACAGAGACAAUAAGCAACAGUUCAAUGAAUCAAAAUGGAAUGAGCACUCUAAGCAGCCAAUUAGAUGCUGGCAGCAGAGAUGGAAGAUCAAGUGGUGACACCAGCUCUGAAGUAAGCACAGUAGAACUGCUGCAUCUGCAACAACAGCAGGCUCUCCAGGCAGCAAGACAACUUCUUUUACAGCAGCAAACAAGUGGAUUGAAAUCUCCUAAGAGCAGUGAUAAACAGAGACCACUGCAGGUGCCUGUGUCAGUGGCCAUGAUGACUCCCCAGGUGAUCACCCCUCAGCAAAUGCAGCAGAUCCUUCAGCAACAAGUCCUGUCUCCUCAGCAGCUCCAAGCCCUUCUCCAACAACAGCAGGCCGUCAUGCUGCAGCAGCAACAACUACAAGAGUUUUACAAGAAACAGCAAGAGCAGUUACAUCUUCAGCUUUUGCAGCAGCAGCAACAGCAGCAGCAGCAACAACAGCAGCAACAACAGCAGCAGCAGCAGCAACAACAACAGCAGCAACAACAGCAGCAGCAGCAGCAACAGCAGCAGCAGCAACAACAACAUCCUGGAAAGCAAGCGAAAGAGCAGCAGCAGCAGCAGCAGCAACAGCAGUUGGCAGCCCAGCAGCUUGUCUUCCAGCAGCAGCUUCUCCAGAUGCAGCAACUCCAGCAGCAGCAACAUCUGCUCAGCCUUCAGCGGCAGGGACUCAUCUCCAUUCCACCUGGCCAGGCAGCACUUCCUGUCCAAUCGCUGCCUCAAGCUGGCUUAAGUCCUGCUGAGAUUCAGCAGUUAUGGAAAGAAGUGACUGGAGUUCACAGUAUGGAAGACAAUGGCAUUAAACAUGGAGGGCUAGACCUCACUACUAACAAUUCCUCCUCGACUACCUCCUCCACCACUUCCAAAGCAUCACCACCAAUAACUCAUCAUUCCAUAGUGAAUGGACAGUCUUCAGUUCUAAAUGCAAGACGAGACAGCUCGUCACAUGAAGAGACUGGGGCCUCUCACACGCUCUAUGGCCAUGGAGUUUGCAAAUGGCCAGGCUGUGAAAGCAUUUGUGAAGAUUUUGGACAGUUUUUAAAGCACCUUAACAAUGAACACGCAUUGGAUGACCGAAGCACUGCUCAGUGUCGAGUGCAAAUGCAGGUGGUGCAACAGUUAGAAAUACAGCUUUCUAAAGAACGUGAACGUCUUCAAGCAAUGAUGACCCACUUGCACAUGCGACCCUCAGAGCCCAAACCAUCUCCCAAACCUCUAAAUCUGGUGUCUAGUGUCACCAUGUCGAAGAAUAUGUUGGAGACAUCCCCACAGAGCUUACCUCAAACCCCUACCACACCAACGGCCCCAGUCACCCCGAUUACCCAGGGACCCUCAGUAAUCACCCCAGCCAGUGUGCCCAAUGUGGGAGCCAUACGAAGGCGACAUUCAGACAAAUACAACAUUCCCAUGUCAUCAGAAAUUGCCCCAAACUACGAAUUUUAUAAAAAUGCAGAUGUCAGACCUCCAUUUACUUAUGCAACUCUCAUAAGGCAGGCUAUCAUGGAGUCAUCUGACAGGCAGUUAACACUUAAUGAAAUUUACAGCUGGUUUACACGGACAUUUGCUUACUUCAGGCGUAAUGCAGCAACUUGGAAGAAUGCAGUACGUCAUAAUCUUAGCCUGCACAAGUGUUUCGUUCGAGUAGAAAAUGUUAAAGGAGCAGUGUGGACUGUGGAUGAAGUAGAAUACCAGAAGCGAAGGUCACAAAAGAUAACAGGAAGUCCAACCUUAGUAAAAAAUAUACCUACCAGUUUAGGCUAUGGAGCAGCUCUUAAUGCCAGUUUGCAGGCUGCCUUGGCAGAGAGCAGUUUACCUUUGCUAAGUAAUCCUGGACUGAUCAAUAAUGCAUCCAGUGGCCUACUGCAGGCCGUCCACGAAGACCUCAAUGGUUCUCUGGAUCACAUUGACAGCAAUGGAAACAGUAGUCCAGGCUGCUCGCCUCAGCCGCACAUACAUUCAAUCCAUGUCAAGGAAGAGCCAGUGAUUGCAGAGGAUGAAGACUGCCCAAUGUCCUUAGUGACAACAGCUAAUCACAGUCCAGAAUUAGAAGACGACAGAGAGAUUGAAGAAGAGCCUUUAUCUGAAGAUCUGGAAUGAGAACUGACUUGUGAAACCUCAGCGUGAAGGGACAUAUCACUGACCUUCAUAACCACUCCACAACCAUGAAUAUUUGACAAAUUUUUACUGUGACUAUUUAUUAAGCAUGGAUAAAGGAGACAGCCCUAAAGGAACUUACUAAGCCAGCCCUUUGGGAUUCAGUACCAACAGGCAAAUUGCUUGUUUUCUUCUUCUUCUUCUUUUCUUUUUUUUUUAGAAAAAAAGACAAAAACUGAUUUUCUUGAAAAAAAAAAAUGAACUGUUCUUUCUAUAAUGGCUUUGCCCAUUUAAAAAAUGUGGCUCUUAAGGGUUCAUGAAAUGACUGAAUAUGAGGAUACAUGUCCUGUAGAAAGCAAAUGCGCCUCAUAUACUGCCAAAAAUAGUGUUAGUUUCAUUAAUGUGAAUUUUCCAGCAUUCAGUAGUUGUAAUGUUAGAAACAAUUGCUGGUCAAGUUCAACUUGUUGCUAUUGUUUUUAAUUUGCACAGGAGUAGUAUCAGAAAUUAGUGUCACUGCUUGUAUCUAGCUGAAUUUUAAACAACAGAACAUUAGUUUUUUAUGUUGGUGCCACCAACUGUAAAUGACAUAAGUUAGUUAUUACAAAACACAGUAAUUAGACUGUUGCAACCAUCUAAAACCUUAGGCUUCCAGUCUGUGCUGUUAGUGUUAAGAUGUAAAGUGCAAUCCUAAGCUAACAUUAUCUGUGCAAGCACCAUAGAAACAUUUGCAUAUCUGCAUAGAUCUUACAACUGUACUCUUUACCUCCUUGUGAUAAAGCUUUGUCUACCUGCAAACACAGUCAAAGGCUACAGCUGCAAACCAAAGCCAACUCUAACCAUGGCCAAGAGCUCAAGGACAGAAGCAGCCACAUGCUUUGGUCAGCCUUCUGUAACUUCAAUUAGUACAAAGGAACCUUUUCCAUGAACUACCUGCUGUUUUCUGAUGACCUCUGGGAUCUUUUCAUUUAGCCCUAAACAAAGAAACAAAUAUGACAAAAACCACAACUAAAAAAUUUUAAUUCAGUCACAGAGUAAUCUUCUGAGGCCAAAAGUCCAUCUAAAUGCAAUGAAGAUUUGCUUUCAUUAAAGACAGAGGUGAGGACAAAAUCUGCAGUGGAAGUUAUGAUAUGCUAGAAAGCAACAAAUGUGGAUCACUGACCAAAACGAUUAUGUACUUGAUGCAAAUGCAGAUUGCAUAUUGUUAUAUAUAUAUAGUACUUUGUGUUUUUGUUUUCCCUCAUUCAGUCAGUUAUUUUCAGUGGUGAAUACAUGUUGUUAGAAGAUGUCUUGUAUGGUCUUAAUCUUUGUUGUGUACUUUUUUUUAUAGUCUUAAGUUAUAAUGAAAAAACAAAAAGUAGGAACCAAACAUAAAAGGUCUAGUAAAGCCAAAAAUUAAUUUCAUAUUGAUUUUAAAGUGAUCUAGCUGAGUUUUUACACUGAAAGCAAAGAUUAUAGCAAUUGUAGUCCAUGGUAUUUAUUUUCAGUCAAACCAAAGUUACAUAUAAUUCUGCCUCUGCUUAUACGGGAUAUUAACACUAACAAUACUCUCCCUUCAAAGACUUGCACAGGCCAAAUUGUUGGAAUGCUGGUUUUCUUGACAACUCCAACCCCCAAAACUAUGAUAAUGAGUUAUGAUGUAGUUGAAAAUAGCUUAGUCAGAUGUUUGCUUAAAACCUAGAAACUUAACGUGUUGCUUUUCAUGUGCUGUGCCAAGUCUUGAUAAUACUUUUUCCCCCAACCAAGGGACCUCAUAACCUGAUUAUGGUUAUUGCUUUACAAACAGUUUUGACAGCAGGUGGCUGCUAGAGCUUAACAUACGUUCCCGUUCCAUGUGAUGGAACCGGUUCUCGCAAACUAAGCUCAUCGUUGAUUCUUUGCUGAAGUCAGCAAAUAGAGUUAGAGAGAUACCCAGUCAUCUAUCACACCAAAUAAAAGGACAUAAUGGCUUUCAAAAGGGUUUUCCCACUUACCCAAAAGGCUUUCUGAAAGCUUCUACCUCUGCAAAAAAAAAAAAAAAAAAAAAGAAAAAAAAAGAAAAAAAUUAGAACAAUUAUGGCAGAUUGCAUGAAACGUGAGAACGUCACAGUAACCGCUGCUUUUCAUUAUGUUUGUCUUUGGGUCAUGAUCAACGAACCGGAAGUUUACAAUAUGGUAUUAAAAGAAAGAUGGGUAUGGUGAAAGAUGGUUUUCAGUCAUCUAGGAUCCUACUGUAAGGAUUAUCUGAAAGGAAAAAUGAGUCUUUCAGGUGCAUGUUCAAAAGGCUUUGAUGGACUGGAAGUAACUGCGAGAGUUGUACCAUCAGGAGGGUGGCCUAAGACUACAAUGCUAAAGUAUGCAUACCUCAGUUAGAAAACUUUUGAAAGGAAGUCUCAGCCACAGAAUGCAUAUACCUGUAGAGUUUUGCAUGGGUUUUAUAUGAAUACAAUUUUAAAAAAUAGCUGCUUGCACAUUAUACCAGAAAAACCUCCAAAACUGCAAUUGCUUUGAAAAUAGAUUUUAGGUUUUUUGGAGUUUUCUGAAAUGCUUGGUCUGUAUUUUGAUAAUUGUGCAUAUUAUGUAAAAAUGUUGGUGGACCCAUAAAUGACCAGACUUUUUCUAAGAAAAAUGUUGCUUUAAUGCAUUUCAUGAAUUUUUACUCUUAUAUCAUUGCUUGCUAGUAAUAGCAAACCUGCUUUUCUGCAUCUGCUUUGCGUAGCUAUUGUAAGGCUUUGAACUAAUGUAUGUAUUUAUUGCUUGAACUUCUGUGCAUACCUUAUAAAGCAUAAUGUCUGACAAUUUAAAUGGCUCAUGUAUUCUUGCUUCUAUCAUAAGCUGACUAUGGGGACUAUGAUCUUUUGUAUACAGCAAAUUUUAAACUGUAGCACAAACAUCUGUUUAUGUAUUGGUGGAAUAUACCUGUUUUAUUUAUCUUUUUUGAGGUAAACUAAUUUUUGAUACUUUUCAUUACUGUGUACUAUGUUCAUACUUUGAAUUCUCUGACGUUAGAAGUCAUGGUUGAGAAUUGUAACAGCUGUUAUUCGUUCUGUAUUCAUGGCUUUCACUGCUGAAUAAAAUAAAGGACCAAACCUAGGA